ACCCGCCUCGCUGGUCCCACUACGCUCUAGAAUCAAAAGGGCGAUGGAAGCGGAGGGGACGGCGGUGGCGGAGCUACAACAGGAGUGGGCGGGCAACGGCGAGCUGGACGGCGGCUGCGGGCAGAUGCUGGAAGAGAAGGAGGAGAGGGAGGACGACAGCUACGUACUCUACAGGGACAGGAAGGAAUGGGCAGAUAUUGAACCUGUCCAUCAAAAUGAUGGGCCAAAUCCUGUUGUUCAGAUCAUCUACAGUGAAAAAUUUCAGGAUGUCUAUGAUUACUUUCGGGCUGUUCUGCAGCGGGAUGAGAGAAGCGAAAGAGCUUUCGUCCUAACAGCAGAUGCCAUUGAGUUAAAUGCUGCAAAUUACACAGUAUGGCAUUUCCGGAGAGUCCUCCUGCAGUCUUUGGGAAAGGAUCUUCAUGAGGAACUUAAGUAUAUUACAGCUAUCAUUGAAGAUCAGCCAAAGAACUACCAAGUCUGGCAUCACAGACGGGUGUUGGUGGAAUGGCUGCAGGAUCCAUCCCAAGAGCUUGAGUUCACAGCUGACAUUCUUAACCAAGAUGCCAAAAAUUACCAUGCAUGGCAACACAGACAAUGGGUUAUUCAGGAGUUCAAAUUAUGGGACAAUGAACUGGAAUACAUAGACCAGCUUUUGAGGGAAGAUGCAAGAAACAACUCUGUUUGGAACCAGCGACACUUUGUAAUUUUCAACACCACUGGCUAUGAUAAUCCAGGAGUCCUAAACAAAGAAAUCCACUACACUCUUGAGAUAAUCACAGCAGUGCCACAUAAUGAGAGCGCUUGGAACUAUUUAAAAGGGAUUCUACAGGAUCGUGGUCUUUCAAAGUAUCAAAAUCUGUUAGAGCGACUGUUGGAUUUACAGCUCAGCGACAGUUCACCCUAUCCAAUUGCCUUUCUUGUGGACAUAUAUGAAGAUAUGCUUGAAAACCAGUGUGAUAACAAGGAAGAAACACUAAACAAGGCAUUGGAGUUGUGUGAAAUUCUGGCUAAAGAAAAAGACAUCAUCCGAAAGAAAUACUGGAGAUAUAUUGGACGGUCCCUUAAGAACAAGUAUAGCUCAGGCACUGAACAGAGCACACUGACAGAUGAGCAGCAUGAACUGGACAUGGAAGAAAACGGUGUUAAGAUCUUUAGCUAUGGUAAAGCAGUACUAAAUGGGGUUAUCAACUAGUUUAAAAUCCAGGGUAGUAUUCUGCUAGUGAAAAGGUAUUGCAAUGAAAGUGGAAUGCAGAUUGCUGUAUAGUCUCAGGUUGCUGCUGCUACUGGUGAUAGCUCUAUGUACAGUCAAGUAUUAAGGCUUAAUUAUUGAAAUUUACCAAAUAAUACGUUUGUUUCCUAGUAAUAAAUACCUAAAGCUGUACCUGCAAUUUAUAAGGCACUAAACCAAUUUCUGAUGCCCUGGCUUAUCCACUUGUGAUUCCUAACAUGGUCACAUCAGAUACUACAGUAAUGAUGGCAGCUAACUUACCUGUAGUAGCCAUAAAGUAAAAUGCCUUGGGGAGUCUAGAAGAUCUGAUUAUUUUUUUUUCUUGGAAUUCUGUUCAGACAGCUGAAAAUCUGACUUAUUUUUUUUAUUCACCUUUUUUACCCAGACCAAACUGAAGUCAUAGGUCAGAAGAGAUUAUAACUAAUUGGUUAUGGUACGUACCUUCACUGAACUGGAAGUGAAGGAAUAGUUUUACUGAGGACCUAUUCGCAUUAAAUCUCCUAGCCUUGUUGCUCCUAUAGGCUUUUCGUAUCUUUUCCAUGCACAUAUUCAGCCAAGAAGUGGCUUUGUGAAAGACAGAAGGCAUCUUCAGCACAGAAUUUCAUAGGAUGUGUAUAGCUGUACAAGAAAACUGAUGCAUCUGCUCUGUUUUCAGUAAAUGGCUAUCUUUAAGCUGUGAUCUUAGCAUAGAGUGCUUGUCUCAUAGGAAAUAUUUUAUUGAAGAUGAUCAUAAAGGGAACAAAUAAAUACUAGUAUUUAUUGAAUAAUAGGAACAGGUUUUGAUUCUAAAUGUUAAAGGCUGCUGCUGUAAUUAAACCAUAGUGGAGAUUAUUUUAAAUGCUUGAGAUAUGUUAAUUCAAUGCAUUCUUUAAAUUUAAAACAAAUUAAUAUCUGAAAUAUUUUUAAGGGCUUUGUCACUUUCCCAGAAGUAGGGAAGAUAUUUUUAUUAUGACACAUGGACAUUUAAAAUGUUGAUGAACUUUAAAAUUUGCCGCUUUCCCAGAAGUAGGAAAGAUAUUUUUAUUGUGACACAUGAAUAUUUAAAAUGUUGAUGAACUUUAAACUUUGCCACUACCAGUCAAGAAAGCUCAGAGAGAUACAACAGACAAAUGCAACCUUUAAAAUAAAUAUCCUCCAUGAAAAGGGAACAGAAUUCUGCUUCUGAAUAUGGUGUUAGUAAGCUCCUAUAUCUUUCAUAAACAAAAUUCAGAGUGCACUUGAAAUAAGGCAGAGUAUUCUAUAAAGACACUGGCAUGAGUUUCAGAGAAGAUAACUCAUCCCAAGGUAAGAUGACGAACAGUGUCCACUGGGACAGUGUAUUUUGGGGUAUGACCUCUUAGGCACUUGUGGUCUGAGGAAAGAUCUUAGAUGUAGAUCUAUUGUGCUUCUGUGUCAAGCUGACAAGCCUCACAUUAUUUUCAUAUGGUGUGGUGAACUCACGGAAUUCUCAUCCUUGAAAAGUGUCUAGAAGUAAUAGUAAAGAGUCAUCUACUGAUAAGGUUUAUACAGUUUUAUACUGGAUAUACUAGCACAGGAAUGGUUGCAAAGAUAAUGCCACUUCUGAGCUAAAUUUACCACUGAAGGAAUAACCAGAUAUGUACUCUAACAGAAAAAUAUCCUAUCUCAUGUAAAAUAAAUAUGUAACCAAACAAAUCAUGCAAUCCAAACAAAAAAACAUGCUGGAGACUAGAGUCCAAUUAAAAAAACACCAAACCUAUGUUUUAACAGAUAUGUUAAUUUUUUAUUUAAAAUUUUUAUGUUUACUCUCAUUUGGAUGGUUCAGAUAUUUAUGUUUACUGUCAUUUGGAUUGCAAGGAAGCUCUAAUAUUCCCUUCAAAAGGCACCUCAGUUCUGUGAUAGGGAGCCACACAUAGAAAUACAAAGCUAUCAGAGCUUGGAAAACAAUAGCCUGCCCAGUCAAUUUGCAACUGCAGCUACCAAGACUUUAAUUUUCAAAACAUGUCUCAAACAGAAUCUCUCUUGUGGUGGUGGGAGCUUGACAAAAUGUAUGAGCUAUAGAGAGAAGGAUCUUGCCAUAGGAAUUAUUAGAGGACUUUAACCUAUAGACAUUGGUACUGACUAUGUAUGAUCAUAGGAAACAACAAACUGAUUUGUACUAAGGGUUCAUCUGUAUAAGAAAACUUACUGUUGUUAGUGAUUGUGUGUAAUGAUGUGAGUGUUGUGUAUAUUGAAGAGCUGUGCCUAAAUGGAAAACUGUAUGGAUACAGCUGUCCCUUGUAAAUCAUUGUAAUUGGAACAUUCAGUGGUGUACAGAGAAUUAUUAAAGCAGGUGAAAUAA